AUGGCCGACGACUCGUCUGAUUUGUCCUCAAUCUCUUCUCUGUCCCCUGCUCCGUCAGGCGACGAGUCGGAAAUCGAAUUGAAGCCCCAGAAUGGCAUCCUGAAGUUCUUCCACCGCGUCUCCAAGGACGAGGUCACCGAGACACAGAAGAAGGAGAUGUCGCCUCCACCGCGCAAGAGGGAGCCCUCCCCACCCCACGAGUACAUUUUUGCAGACAAUCCAGACAUCGCAUUCAUUGUCAUGUUCCGCAAGCGAUUCGACAGUGUCAUGCCCAGAUCUCUGGCGCAUUUCGGCCCCCUCGAGCUGGAGCAGGACAUCCAGCAAGAUCCCCCAGCCGAACGAGUCGAGCAAUUCCUGUGUGUCGUUCUGGGCCUGCUCCUAAAUCGCAAGCAGGACAUCAAGUACGCGACCCUCCCACCUGCCCCACUACACGCGCACCUGGCUUACACUGGGACUAGGAUCGGACACUACCAAAAGGCAUUGAAUGAAGAUGCUAUCAAUGGAAAAGACUUCAAGCCUCAAUGGCCCCGUGAGUGGAACGAGCGAAGCCCUCUUGCAGGCGGCGCAACCUUCCAGACAAUCUCACCCGAGCAGCGAGUCCUUCUACUCAAGACCUUGGUGCUAUGGGCCCUGGGAUACUCCGAUGCCGUCAAGGCCGUGAUCAACACUAGCUACAACCAGAAACGCGCAGCCGACGACCUUAACCAACCCCUAUCCGUCCAGCCUUGGGGCCAUGACAGCGACAAGCGUCGGUAUUACCUGAUCGAAGGAGACGAUAAUUGUUCGUUCCGGAUAUACAGGGAGGGCAACCCAGCCGCUUUAUACAAUAGACAGUGGAUCAGUGUUGCUGGCAGCAUCGACGAGGCCAAAGCUCUUGCGGAGAAGCUGGGGAGAGACAACGGUCAGAACGCACGCAAGCUUAGUAGGAGUAUCCUGAACAAUAUUGUGAACUUCGAGGAGAAGGAAGAGAAACGCAAGCGACGCGAGUACAGACGCACGCAGAAGGAACGCUUCCGCCGACCUGAGCCAGGCUUUUCCCUCUAUGAGGGUCGAACAAGGGGAAAGCGCGUCAAGUAUACCUACUCCGAUGACGAAGACUUCUACACCGAUUCAACCAAUAACCGCCGAUCAACGCGAAACACACGAAACCACACACCCGUUGAGGCUGGCCCUGUUAUCACAGCUAGCGGUCGGCAGUCGCGGCCCCCUCCUCGGCUCACUGCUGACAACCUGAGCAACGGUGAUGCCAGCGCUGCGCCUAGCGUUCAAGGCGACGACGCGUUUGGUGGCAACGCGGAUACUGAGAUGAGCGAAGCACCAGAGAUUGGACCAACAGGCCGACCCAGACGAACUGCGGCCGCACAACAUGCCACGAAUGGCUGGCCCAACUCUCGCAAGCGAAACAGACCAUACGUGUCUGAUGAUGAGGAUGACGACGAGUCUGAGCCUGAUUUUGGUGACGAGGGUGACGAACAUGUCCCACAAGAUGAGUCAGAAGAUGAGGAAGAGUUUGAGAACGAUGCUGUCGAUGAAGACGAUGAUGAGAUCGCUCCCGACAGCCCAGACUCGACCGAUAGUCGUGUCGUGAAGUUGCACAUCAAAGUCAAUUUCGACAAGGACGGCAAAGCGAAGCGUCUACCAAAGAAACGCGGCUCCACAGAGUCACUCUCGACACCCUCGAACAUCGCGUCCUCGCCCGAGGCGGCCGAGUCCGCUUCUGAGGGCAGCCCUAGCGACAUCCCCGAGCAUGAGCCCGAGCAUACCGGAGACGUCAUUCAAGCCGCACCACUAAAGCGGGCAGAGCCAGGUGCUGGCAUGGCCUCUACGCCUGAAGCACUCAGUGCUGCCCCAACCCAUGCUUCUGGCGCCCUCCCAACGGCUGCUACCGUGGAUUCAGACACAACGAGCGCUGCCAGGCCGCCCAAGGACUCAGACAACGUCGUGCCGAGGCCAGAGGUGACGGCCGCUGACCGCAUUGCAGCUGCUAACGGUAGCUUGAAGCUACAGGCAGGUGCUGCGCCGGCCUCGCUGGCCCUCAGAGGCAGCCCUGAGAAGCCUCGUGCAGUCAUGGCCUCAGCGAACCAGGACUAG